GUUGAAGAGCUCGCUAAGGAAGUCCAUAAUAGGAAGGAGAAAGAUACAUCUAGCAUAGAAGUGCAGACAGAGGACUAUGCUGUGUGGUCACAAGCAGAUUAUUACUACUAUGAAAAUUACUACAAUCACACUGAUACUCAGGAUUGUGCAUCUGAACUGCCAGUGCAGCACAAUCAUGGGACUGAAGGCACUGAGCAUAAUUCCACAGAGGAAUCGCAGACAGGUGCUGAUAUUCCCUUAAGGACGGAUAGCACCAAAGUUGCUGAAGAUGGACAAGAGGAAAAUUUCAUCCAGAAUUCACAGGAAGCAGAAGAUACUUCUGUACCAGAGGGUUCUUUGGCGGACAGCUUGAGAGCUGCUGCAGAAGCUGCUGUUUCACAAACAGGAUUUAUUUAUGAUGAAAGUACAGGAUUGUAUUAUGACCAUAGCACUGGCUUCUACUAUAAUUCGGAAAAUCAACUGUAUUAUGAUCCAGCAACUGGAAUUUAUUACUACUGUGAUGUGGAAAGUGGCCGAUACCAGUUUCAUUCACGAGUGGAUUUACAGUCUUAUCAGGCCUCUGGUACUCAGCACACCAAGGAUAAAAAAGGGAAAAAGAAGAGAAAAGAACCAGAGCGGAUUACUACAAAUGAGUAUAAGGAUUUGGACAUAGAAGAGCAGAAAUCAUCCAACAGUCUGAAUUGCUUUUCCACUACUGAGCAAGUAAGUUCUGCUGAAGAAGAAGAGUCUCCAAAUGUAAGAAAGAAGACUAAAAUGGAUACAAAACCACGAAACAGUCUAACAGCCAAAGAAUCAAUUUCUACAGACAGUAUAAAUUCACAUUCACGCAAAAGUACACCAGAUACUGCAGCAUAUACAGAUGACAGUAGAACAGCGGACACAGAGAGUGAGCCAGAAGAAGGUGAAAUUACAGAUUCUGAGUGUGAAGCCUACAGCAGUGAGGAUGAAGUAACAAGUGAAGAAACUGUUGAUUCAGAAGACUCAGAAAAUGAAGUUGUACAUGAAGAAAAAAUCUGGCCUCCUUGUAUCAGAGUGAUUGUAAUAAGAUCACCAGUUCUACAGACCGGAUCACUUUAUAUUAUCACAGCUGUGAAACCUGCCACAAUUGGAAGAGAAAAAGAUGUUGGACACACACUUCAGAUUCCUGAAGUUGGAGUCAGUAAGUUCCAUGCAGAAGUAUAUUUUGACCACGAUUUGCAGAAUUAUGUUCUUGUGGAUCAAGGCAGUCAGAAUGGAACAGUUGUUAAUGGAAAUCAAAUUCUCCAGCCUAAAACAAAAUGCGAUCCCUACAUCUUGGAGCAUGGAGAUGAAGUGAAGAUUGGUGAAACUGUGCUUUCUUUUCAUAUACAUCCUGGCAGUGAUACUUGCGAUGGAUGUGAACCAGGACAAGUCAGAGCUCAUCUUCGCCUGGACAGGAAAAAGGAAUCUUCUGUUUGCCCAGCACUUAGCAAAGAAGAGAGAGAGUUAGUCAGAAGAAAAGCAUUAAGACAAAUACGGGUAAAAUAUGGUUUACAGAACACAGAGUAUGAAGACAACAAAGCAGUGAAGAAUCCAAAGUACAAAGAUAGAGCAGGAAAACGCAGAGAGACCAUUGGAAGUGAAGGAACCUUUCACAGAGAUGACAGCCCAGCUUCUGUUCAUAUUGAAAUCAGCAACAGCAACAAAGGACAUAAAAUGUUGGAGAAGAUGGGAUGGAAGAAAGGGGAAGGACUGGGCAAGGAUGGCAGUGGUAUGAAGGAUCCAAUCCACCUUCAGUUACAUAAGAUGCACACAGGUUUGGGUACCAGUAGACCAGCCUCCAUUGAAGAUGUUCAGAUCAUCCAAAGCAAGAAUAAAAAGAACUGGGAUAAAGCAAGAGAAAGGUUUGCUGAAAACUUCCAAGAAUCUACAUCACAGAAGGACACACCUAAGGUUACGCCUUGGGUUAAAGGGACUGCAGACCCUACAGCGCAGCAAGGCAGUGUCCGCUCUCAUCCGUUUGCGCUGAAGUGCCUCGGCGUUAGUCCUGCGCUGCGAACGGGGCACGCGCACGCUGCCUCUUCUGCGGCUCCUCAAGCUUCUCGUUUAAAGCAAGGGAAAAAACGAGG